ACAGCCGGGCCCUGCCUUCCAGAGCUCCUGGAGCGGCCUGUCCCCCGGGACACCGGGACCCACCUGCAGAGGGCUUACGGCUCAGGAGAGCAGAACAAGGCCAACCUGGAGAGGUAGGCAGUGGCUACCUCCACUUUACAGAUGAAGACACUGAGGCUCAGGAGGUGGCGUGACUGCUCCAGGUCUCACGCUUAGUGAACCGCCGCAGAACCCUGGUCAGUUUGACGCAAGACCCUGGCGGAUCCCAGAGCCGAACGGAGCUGGCCCGAACCUCCAGGACUUCAGCCCUUCCAGGAGAAUCUGAUCCCAGCCACACCAGGAGCUGAAGCCAUGGCCUCAAAGCCUGAGAAGAGGGUGGCAUCGUCUGUCUUUAUCACCCUGGCACCCCCGCGCCGCGAUGUGGCCGUGGCGGAGGAAGUGAGGCAGGCAGUUUGUGAGGCCCAGCGUGGCCGCCCGUGGGAGGCUCCUGCCCCCGUGAAGACACCCGAGGCUGGCUUGGCGGGGAGGCCCAGCCCCUGGACACCCCCUGGCAGGGCUGCAGCCACAGUGCCAGCUGUACCUCUGCAGCUCUCCAAUGGAGGAUGCCCACCCCCUCCUCCAGUCCUGGAUGGUGAGGACGUGCUUCCUGACCUGGACCUCCUCCCUCCCCCUCCACCACCCCCUCCGGUGCUUCUGCCUUCUGAAGAGGAGGCUCCUGCUCCAAUGGGGGCCUCACUCAUUGCAGACUUAGAGCAGCUGCACCUGUCCCCACCCCCGCCCCUGCCUCCACCACAGGCCCCAGCGGAGGGACCUUCAGUCCAGCCCGGUCCCCUCAGGCCCGUGGAGGAAGAGCUGCCACCUCCCCCAGCAGAAUCUGUUGAGAAAGGGGCAUCCACAGACAUCUGUGCCUUCUGCCACAAGACUGUGUCCCCCCGAGAGCUGGCUGUGGAGGCCAUGAAGAGGCAGUACCAUGCCCAGUGCUUCACGUGCCGCACCUGCCGCCGCCAGCUGGCUGGGCAGAGCUUCUACCAGAAGGAUGGGCGACCCCUCUGCGAACCCUGCUACCAGGACACACUGGAGAGGUGCGGCAAGUGUGGCGAGGUGGUCCGGGACCACAUCAUCAGGGCCCUGGGCCAGGCCUUCCACCCCUCCUGCUUCACGUGUGUGACCUGCGCCCGGUGCAUUGGAGAUGAGAGCUUUGCCCUGGGCAGCCAGAACGAGGUGUACUGUCUGGACGACUUCUACAGGAAAUUCGCCCCCGUCUGCAGCAUCUGUGAAAAUCCCAUCAUCCCUCGGGAUGGGAAAGAUGCCUUCAAAAUCGAAUGCAUGGGAAGAAACUUCCAUGAAAAUUGCUACAGGUGUGAGGACUGCAGGAUCCUCCUGUCUGUCGAACCCACAGACCAAGGCUGCUACCCCCUGAACAACCGUCUCUUCUGCAAGCCGUGCCACGUGAAGCGGAGUGCCGCGGGGUGCUGCUGAGAGUGCCCGCUGGGCAGUGAACAGACCACUAGCCCCUGCUGGGGCCCUUCCCUGACUUGGUUUCCCUUCCUGACCUGCUCUUGCACACUUUCCUUCUGAGCCUCCACGGGGACCAGCCUGCAAGUUGGCCCAGCCUGUCCAGGAUACAGUGGGGCUGAGCACCCCCAGGCCUUCCACUCCUCCUCUACCCUCUGGGCACCAGAAGGCUCCUGGACCAUGAGCUUCACCCCCAGAAUUCCCUGCUGGCCCUGCCCCACUUCCAGGGAAAAGCUGGGGGAAGUUGGACCCCUCUCAUGACUAGCUGUCUGGUAGGGGUGCUGGGACCAGCCUGGCUUGCCAGGUUGAGCUGUUUGAGGAAAAACUUCAAGGUCCCUUAAAAAGUGCUUUUUAGAGGCUGGGCGUGGUGGCUCACACUUGUAAUCCCAGCACUUUGGUGGGUGGAUCACCUGAGGUCAGGAGUUCAAGACCAGCCUGGCC